CAUUAACGUGAUCGAUCAAACACAACAUUCUUGUAAUUUCUUCUUCUCUCAUUCUCGUAGUAUCAUUUCUGUUUCUGGCUUAAUCAAUUCCUUCUUCUCUCACCGGCGGCGCCGUCGUCGGAAAUCAUGAGGUUUCUGCCUACACCAUGCUCCAUAGAUGUUCUGAAAGCCUCUUCCUCUGUCAAAAUCACCGCCCUCACACUCUUCUCCCUCACCCUCCUCCUCUUCCUCUUCACCCGUUUCUCCCCCACCACCAACUCCCCCCUCACCUUCUUCCUCCCCUCGGAGCAACAACCACCACUUCCUCCGCCUCCGCCGCCGCCGAGGGUCAAGGUCUUCCGCCUGCCUCCCCUGCCGCCGGUGGAGCGGAUGGGGCUGGUUGACGAAAACGGCGUCAUGACGGACAAUUUCACCGUCGGAGACUCCGAUCUCGGCUCUGUCGUGGACCUGCUGAGCUGGAAGAACGAGUCGCGAGGGGUUGUUGAGGAGGAGGGUGCGGCGGCGAAGGUGGUGGUGGAGAAGUUCAAGGUCUGCGAUUCGGGAAUGGUGGAUUAUGUGCCUUGUUUGGACAAUGCGGAAGCGGUGGCGAGGUUGAAUGGGAGCGAGAGAGGGGAGAAGUACGAGCGGCACUGCCCUGAGGAAGGGAAGGGUUUGAAUUGCCUGUUGCCGAGGCCACUAGGGUACCGUGUGCCUAUCCUUUGGCCUCAGAGCAGAGAUGAGGUUUGGUUCAGUAAUGUACCACAUACACGUCUGGUUGAAGAUAAAGGUGGCCAAAAUUGGAUAUCAAUAAAGAAUGAUAAGUUUGUUUUUCCUGGUGGUGGCACACAAUUUAUACAUGGUGCAGAUAAAUACCUGGAUCAAAUUUCAGCGAUGGUUCCAGACAUUGCAUUUGGUUCCAACACCAGAGUUGCUUUAGACAUUGGAUGUGGAGUGGCAAGUUUUGGCGCAUUCUUGAUGCAACGUAAUGUCACUACUCUUUCAAUAGCGCCGAAAGAUGUUCACGAAAAUCAGAUUCAGUUUGCUCUUGAGCGUGGUGUGCCUGCACUUGCAGCAGUAUUUGCUACACACCGUUUGUUGUUCCCAAGCCAUGCAUUUGACAUGAUACAUUGUUCAAGAUGCAGAAUUAAUUGGACUCGUGAUGAUGGAAUUUUACUUCUUGAGGCCAACAGGCUCCUAAGGGCAGGUCGCUACUUUGUCUGGGCAGCGCAGCCAGUGUACAAACAUGAAGAGAGCCUUCAAGAACAAUGGAAAGAAAUGGAGAACCUGACAUCUCGACUUUGUUGGGAACUUGUACGGAAAGAGGGUUACAUUGCUAUAUGGAGGAAACCUUUGAAUAACAGCUGCUACCUUAGUCGUGACAUUCCCGUGCAUCCUCCAUUAUGUGAGUCCAAUGAUGAUCCAGAUGAUGUUUGGUAUGUCGGGCUUAAGGCAUGCAUCACUCAGUUACCUAGUGAUGGAUAUGGAGUAAAUGUUACCACGUGGCCGUCACGCCUUCAUCAACCACCAGACAGGCUUCAAAGCAUUAAACAGGAUGCCAUUAUAUCUAGAGUUGAGCUCUUCAGGGCCGAAUCAAAAUAUUGGAAUGAAAUAAUAGAUAGUUAUGUUCGGGCUUACCGCUGGAAGGAGUACAACCUGAGAAAUGUAAUGGACAUGAGGGCAGGAUUUGGAGGGUUUGCUGCAGCGCUGCAUGAUCUCCAGAUUGACUGUUGGGUUAUGAAUGUUGUUCCUGUUAGUGGAUUCAAUACCUUGCCUGUUCUAUAUGACCGUGGGUUGAUAGGAGUUAUGCAUGAUUGGUGUGAGCCAUUCGAUACAUAUCCAAGAACAUAUGAUCUUCUGCAUGCAGCAGGUCUCUUUUCUGUUGAGAAAAAGAGGCAAAGAUGUAAUAUCUCAACCAUCAUGCUUGAGAUGGAUCGGAUGCUAAGACCAGGCGCAGGGCGUGUGUAUAUUCGUGACGCCAUACAUGUUAUUAGUGAACUUGAAGAAAUUUCAAGUGCAAUGGGAUGGGUGUGUACCAAGGAUGAUGUAGGAGAGGGUUCCUAUGCAAGCUGGAAGAUAUUAAGGUGUGAUAAACGCCUCUGAAUGCCUCAGUUUUAUCAGUAACCAAGAACCUCAUGCAACUGGAACAUGCAAAUAUGACUACAAACUAACCCUUGCCAUUCAUCUUCAAAAGCAAGUUCUGUACUUCAUUGCAAUUUUGAAUCCCUACUAAUGGGAUUUCUUGUAAAAUUUUGUAUAUUUUUAUUUUAUUUGUCUUAUAAUCAAUCCCUACAGUGUUAUGAGAUGUGCUUAAAUGGCAAUUUUGUCUGUUAUACUCGUUUGAUGUAAGCUUAGGUUAAUAAUUGUGAAAGCUGGCCAAA